UUUGAUCACUAGCACCAUGUAGAAACUUUAGAGUCGCUUAGUUGUGUUGAGAUUGUGUGUUUGUGAGUCUCUUUAUGUCUCUCUACAUCCGGGUACUCCUGUCUGAACGGACUUCCUGCCGCUCAUCCUUUCCUGAAUAUUUACCUGUCACUCAUCUCCCGGUUGCUACGGAGGUGUCGACGUUAGCUUAGCCGGCUAGCGGCUAACAACAGUUAGCAUCCGCGUGGCCGUUCGCCGGGCAGAGCUCGCGCAGCUCCACCCAGCCCGGGUGGAGGACACGUGUCUGUGGUUGGGUGGAGAUGUCUAAAGGCCGCGUGCUGAGGGCGCUGGUGCAGCAGCGACUAGCUGCGGCUGCUGAGGAGAUAUUUGGGCUGUUUGAGACCACGAUAGCGGACUACGAGGAGGAGCUGAGGCGGUCCCGGGAGGAGAACCAGAGACACCGGGACCGGGAGCGCAAGGACCCCGGGCUCGGCCCUCAUCUCCGGUUACACCGAGCAGAGGUCCAGCCGGUGUUGGUGGUUAAAGAAGAGGUUCCCCCUGAGCAGCAGGAGUGGAGCUCCACUGUGGACCAGCAGGACCCAAAGCCCCCCCCACACAUUAAAGAGGAGCAGGAGCAACUGUGGAGCAGUGAGGAGGGAGAGCAGCUUCAAGGGCUGGAGGAGGCUGGUAUUAAGUUCCUGUUCACUUCUGUCGCUGUGAAGAGGGAAGAAGAUGGAGAGGAAGCUCAGUCCUCACAGCUUCAUCAAAGACAAACUGAACACAUGGAAACAGGAGCUGAGGGAGAGGGUUGCAGAGGAGCAGAAUCUGACAGGCACGUACAUCCAGAAUUUAGUUUACAACCGGGUGCUUAUGACCAGGCUUUCCACUCUGACCCUGAGGCUGAUAACAGUAGAGAUUGGGACGAGACCAGGGAACAUCAGCCAGGUUUAAACCUUCUGCAAAAUGGGGACGUUGCUGUCAGUGAUUCCUGGUCCAGUCCUGCUAAGAAAACGUUCAGCUGCUCUGAGUGUGGGAAAAGAUUUAGCAAAAAGAAAUAUCUGGAGGACCACAUUAGAAUCCACACAGGAGAGAAACCGUUCAGUUGCUCAGUGUGUAAGAGCUCUUUUAAACAGAGUGGAGGUUUACAUGCACACAUGAGAAUCCACACAGGAGAAACAACAUUCAGCUGCUCAGUCUGUAAGAGAUGUUUUAAACGGAGGGAAAGUUUGAAGACUCACAUGAUAAUCCACACAAGAGAAAAAACAUUCAGCUGCUCGGUCUGUAAGAAAUGUUUUAAGAGGAGGGAAAGUUUGAAGGCACACAUGAGACUCCACACAGGAGAAAAACCUUUGUUUAGUUGUUCACUUUGUGAGAAAGGAUACAUGUGCAGGUCGAGUCUAAAGUCACACAUGAUAACUCACGCAACAGAAACACCAUUCAGUUGCUCAGUCUGUAACAAAUCUUUUGCAUGGAGUGGACUUCUACAAAGCCACAUGAGGAUCCACACAGAAGACCCCCCUUUCAACUGCUCAGACUGUGGGAAAGGAUUUUUCUGCAAGUCCAAUAUGAAGAAGCACAUGAAGACUCAUACCGGGGAAAAACCUUAUAGUUGUUCAGUCUGUAAGAAAUGUUUUACACAGAAUGGAAGUCUGAAGACACACAUGCAAAUCCACACAAGAGUGAGAGUAAAACCUUUCCCUUGUUCAGUCUGUGAGAAGUCUUAUUCAAACGAAAGAUAUUUACGCACGCACAUGAGAUUUCACACGGGAGAGAAACCUUACAGCUGCUCCGAGUGUGAUCAAAGAUUCUCCUACAGGGAAGCCCUAGUUCGUCACAUGAAAACCCACACAGAGCAAGCUCCUGCAGCUGGAGGAGAGGACUGUGGAGGACCAGGAUCAGCCAGGAUCUCAGAUCCAGAAGGACUCAAACAGUCAGAUACUGAGGACCAGACUGGAGACUCAUCAAGGGUUGCCACGGUCAUGGAAACCUGGAGUACUCAUGGACAGUGUUGGGAGUAACGCAAUUCCUUUUUGCUGGAACGGAGUAUUGUAACAUAUUGCUAAUUACAUUUUGGUAAUCUUAUAGUUGUUAUAAUCUCAGUAACGGUAGUGACUUCUUGUUUUUUAAGAAUUAACCAACACCGCAAAACAUUUCUUCACAGUAAAAGCCGUGAGUGUUAUUUCCUGUUGCUGUAUUUGAUGCUGUUACCUGCGAUUCUUUAUUUUCUCCCGUGUUCGGUCUCUUAACACAAACCAAUCUAUAUUACUCAAGUCAAUAAUUAACCCAGACUUACUCUUAAAGGUCGCCAUGCACGCAAACUCAGCUCCAGUAGUUGACGCUAGCGCCUGUUAGCACAGCCGACUUAGUCAGAGUCUACCAGCUAAACCCCUAUUGGCACGGGAUUAGUAUAAUCUGGGGACCUGGUCUGAUUUAGAAAGCCCCGUCAGCCCUCAGCUCUGGAUGCGUCACCGCGUGUGUUGUUGUGAUUGGUUGUAGUGUUAAUCCAAUCGCGUGCAGUGACAUUUUCAAAUGCGUGCUUGGUGCUGGUGCGGCCCCUCAGGUUCGGCCAUUUUUAUUACUCAAUGCCAGACCCUUAACUUUCAGAUUGGGGUCUGGAUUUCUUGGCUAGGUCCAGUCUACCUUGACUGUGAAAGGCUGCAUUUGCUUGCUCUUCUUCGCGAUAGCUAAAAGGACACGCAGGUAACAACAACCUCGGAAAAAUGAAUAGACUCGCUAAAUCACAGACAUAUCGAUUCGCACAGGACUAAUAUCACAGGAC